AUGGGUAAUAAUAAUAACGGUGAUCGGUUAACGCGCGGCGGUGAAUGCCGCAGCGGGAUCCCGCGCGUCGGCCAACCGGCCCCCGAGCCGCCGACCGUUCCAUUGAGCCCUCAAAGCGACGCGUCCAUUGUGGGAAGUGUCAGCCGCCGAUCAAUCGAUCGCCGAGCCUAUCAAUGGGCCCGGAAUUGGCGCGAAGCAGACGUAAUUGGUGAAACAAUGCCGCCGCCGCCGCUGAAACAUGAGUCCGCCCCAAACAGUAAU